AGGAUGGCGAGUGAAGAACAUUUGGAAGAGCAGUGGCUGCAGCAGCAGGAUUACAAAGACGAAGAUAAACAAGAGGGCGAGCAGCCAUCAAAUCUACUACCAGUGCCAGCAGUGGAGUUCCAGACCAAAGAUUUGCUCAAAUGGAUGGAAAUGGUGCCAGCCUUCUCGCUUCCAAGCAGCAAAUACUUGACGAGCGAAGCAGAGCUGGAUUGCUCGAGGUGGCUGAGCCUGGGAGUCGGAGAAGAAGCCCCGCCACCACCGCCUCCAAAAGCAACACGCAAAAGGUCUCGCUCGCCAGCUGAUCCCCACGACUUUGAUAAUCUUCCAAAGCGGGGGUGUCUCGGCUCCUCCAGCAGCGAUCAGCGGCCGGAUCCAAGGAGCACCAGGGAGCACCUCUUCACCAAAGUUCUCACAAGGAGCGACACCAGCAAGCUCAACCGGCUGCUCGUCUCCAAGAAGGACGCCGAGCGCUGCUUCCCGCUUGUCAUGGCCGGGAAUGGAGAGCCCUCCGCCUCCCCUUCCGCGGCAAGGACGAGAGGAAGUAGCAGCGGUGAGGAUGGCAACCGGUUUGUAAUACUUGCGUUCGAGGACGAGAGUGGAAGAACUUGGAAGUUUAAGUACACGCACUGGUGUAGCAGCCAAGGCAAUGUCUUCACCACCGGAUGGAUCAGCUACGUCAAUCAUAAUGGGCUGCGUCACGGGGACGAGGUCUCGUUCUUCCGCGAUUCGUACACUAACAAAUACUAUCUGACAUUCCGGAAAAAGAACCAUAAGGCAUAGCUCCA